GGGACGUAUGAAAGUAUAUUAUAGAAGUAUCUUUAUACAGACUUGGUGGCAAGCACAGAAGAAGAGCAGGAGAAAGAAAAAUAAUGGAUAAGAGAGUGAAGCAUUUUGUGUUGGUUCAUGGAGGAUGUCAUGGAGCGUGGUGUUGGUACAAAGUUGCGACGGAGCUGAGAGCAGCUGGUCACAGGGUCACCGCGCUCGACAUGGCUGCUUCUGGGGUCCAUCCAAAGCAGGUGGACGAGCUCCGUUCGAUGUCCGACUACGUUCAGCCGUUGAUGGAAUUCAUGGAGUCGCUGCCGUCGGAUGAUUGGGUGGUUUUGGUCGGCCACAGCGCCGGCGGCGUCAGCAUAUUUGUUGCUAUGGAGAGGUACCCAAACAAGAUUAACGAGGCUGUAUUUGUCACAGCAAUUAUGAUCGGUCCUGAUCUCAGUCUUCCUGCUAUUCUUCAACAGUUCCUUCAAGAAUUUGAAUCUUGGAUGGAUUGCCAACAUCAGUUUCAUCAAGGACUGGACAAGCCCCCAACCUCCAUCCUCUUUGGCCCCAAGUAUUUGGAAUCCGAGCUCUAUAACCUAUCACCACCUGAGGAUUUAACCCUUGCAACUUCACUGGUGAGGCCGCAUCCCGUGUUUCAAGAUGAACCGAAACUUUUGAAGGAUACUGCACUUACUAAGGAGAACUAUGGAUCUGUGCGCCGAGUUUACGUAUUGAUCGAAGAAGAUAAGGUGGUUAAGGAAAGUCUGCAGAGAUGGAUGAUUGAAAAUAAUCCCACAGAUGAGGUGAGGGUUAUCCCGGGUUCGGACCACAUGGUCAUGUUCUCUAAGCCUAAAGAACUGAUCAAAUGCCUGUUGGGGUUAGCUAGCUGAAAAUUACUAGGCUUAAAAUGGCAGCAUUUAUAAAUUAUGAUGGUUUGUUAGGAUGCAUGGACAGAAACAGAAAGUGCAUCAGGAUUAUGUGUGGAGACAUUGAAAGUUAAUUUGUGCAAAACUAGCCGGGAUGAGCAUCGACUCAUCGAGUGGUGUCAUGUCUGUGUUGUAUUACAUAUAUAACUGGUUUUUAUUAGAAUGUUUUCAAUCCUA